AAUAAUUCUUUCUUAGUGCUAUCGAAAAGCUAGCAAGCCAACAGGAAUUUUUCUGUUUGUUUGGAAUAAUCGGUAAACCAUGUGUGGAAUCUUCGCUUAUUUGAAUUUUCUCACUCCCAAAACUCGUAGCGAGAUUAUCGAUGUGCUCAUCAAAGGUCUCCAACGGAUGGAGUACAGAGGAUACGAUUCAGCAGGUAUCGCUAUCGGUGGCGACCCUGGCACACCCAACGACGAAACAGUGUUGAUUAGGAAAGCUGGCAAAGUCUCGAAUCUAGCGGAUAGCAUCAAGGAAUGCUCGGACUCGCUAAAUCUGGAUAUGCAAUACAAUGUUCACUGCGGCAUUGCUCAUACGCGAUGGGCUACCCAUGGUUCGCCGAAGGAUGUAAAUAGCCACCCACAAAGGAGUAAUGAAAAAAAUGAGUUUAUGGUUGUGCACAACGGGAUCAUAACGAAUUACCGUGAAAUCAAAGAAUACCUGAAGAAGAAAGGGCAAGUGUUUGAGUCAGAAACCGACACUGAAGUUAUUGCGAAACUUGCGCAACACAUUCACGAUCUCUAUCCGGACUUCUCAUUCCGACAAGUAGUUGAAGUCGUUAUCCAGCAGCUGGCAAGCGCAUUUGCCUUAGCAUUCAAGUCAUCGAAAUUUCCUGGCCAGUUAGUAGCCACACGACGAGGAUCGCCCCUUUUGGUUGGGAUCAAAAGCAACAGUCGCCUGCAAACCAAUUAUUUCCCUGUUCUGUUCAGCCGUGAAUCGUUUCCUUGGGCUGACGAACACAGGUCACUUGAAGAUGGUGUAUGUGUAAAAGGACAUGUUGCCCGUCGAUUUGUCUCAUCUCAUACCAUUCACUUGCGUCAACCUUCUUCGGAUGACCUCCUAGCUCAGGAUACCACUGUGGAAGACAUAUCUCCCGGCCCUCGAACAGCACAGCGGGGCAAAACUUCCACUAAUGUACGUCCAUUCGACUCUGAUGACUGGGAGGUAGAAUAUUUCGUUGCUUCCGAUGCAGCAGCUAUUAUCGAGCAUACAAAGCAAGUGCUCUUUCUGGAAGAUGACGACGUAGCUGUCGUAAAGGAUGGAGUUCUUACUAUCCACAGCAUCACAAGCAGCACUGCGGAGAACAUCGAUCAGAAGAGAGAAGUUCAAAAUUUGAAUAUGGAACUGCAAGAGAUAAUGAAGGGAAAUUUCAAGACAUUCAUGCAAAAGGAAAUCUUCGAGCAACCAGAAUCUGUAGUAAAUACAAUGCGUGGCCGUGUGUUGCCUAGCGGUGAGGUGGUUCUGGGAGGAAUCAAGGACUACGUAAGUGACAUCAAGAGAUGUCGGCGGCUUAUUAUGGUCGCUUGUGGUACCUCGUAUAACUCAGCCAUAGCCUGCCGUCAGAUUCUCGAAGAGCUUUCCGAGUUGCCAGUGGUGCUUGAAUUAGCGUCAGACUUCUUGGACAGAAAAACACCGAUAUUCCGUGAUGACGUAUGCAUAUUCAUUUCACAAAGUGGCGAAACUGCUGAUACUCUCAUGGCAUUGAGGUACUGCAAACCUCGUGGAGCUCUGCUGAUCGGCGUUACAAACACUGUAGGGUCAUCCAUUUGUCGAGAAUCCCACUGUGGAAUUCACAUAAAUGCAGGACCUGAAAUUGGAGUGGCUUCCACUAAGGCUUACACAUCACAAAUUCUUGCACUAUUGAUGUUUGCGCUGGUCCUGUCAGAUGAUCGUAUUUCUAAAACGAAUAGGAGAAAAGAGAUUAUCAAUGCUCUCAAUCAGUUACCAGAGCUUAUUCAAGAAGUUUUAAAUUUGGACAAUGAAGCGCUGAAGAUUGCUAACGAGAUUUACAAAGAGAAGUCGCUUCUUGUUAUGGGAAGAGGCUUCAAUUUUGCCACCUGCCUUGAGGGUGCCCUAAAGAUCAAGGAGCUGUCUUAUAUGCACUGCGAGGGAAUAAUGUCUGGAGAGCUGAAACACGGUCCAUUGGCAAUGGUAGACGAAAAUUUGCGUAUAUGUAUGGUUAUCUGUAAUGAUUCUGUUUAUAAGAAAUCAUUAAACGCUUUACAACAAGUGGUCGCGCGUGGUGGUGCGCCUAUCAUUAUUGCUGAUGAUUCUGUUCCAGAAAAGGAUUUGGCGGGUAUGAAGCACGUCUUGAGGGUCCCUAAGACUGUAGAUUGCGUGCAGAACAUUUUGACAGUUAUCCCUUUGCAACUAUUAUCUUACCACAUUGCCGAGCUCAACGGACAAAAUGUUGAUCGCCCACGAAAUUUGGCCAAAUCAGUGACGGUUGAGUGAUCACUUCAAGGUACUUCACUGGUGUAUUGUCUGUAUCGACGCAUCCUCUUCUGUGCCUCAUCAGACUUCUAUACAUUCACCAUUGGAAUCACUUAUCUCUUCAUUAUUAUUUAUUCAAAUGUAAUCUAAUAAAUCGCUGAACG